AUAAUACGUGAACAAAGGCAUGAAAGUUGCCGCAGUGCGAGUCAGCGUCCACAGAACCACCUCCUCGGUACCACUGGUACCAGCAGAUGCAUGCCGUUGCGUAUGACAGCACCCAGCAGUACCGCAUCGACCGCGAACACAAAUGCAUCGCACCGAAAUGUUCACCUGAAAGGUGGUACCGGAACCUUGAGGAAGUAGAACCGCCGUACGCGUAGGUACCAUUCAACUUCGCGAGAUGGGUUCGAAAAUCGAGUACGUGGACUCCUCCCAAAUAUACGCGACCAGGUACGUGAGGAAUUCGAAGGCCAUCGGGGUUCUGUGGGCGAUUUUCACCAUCUGCUACGCGAUCAUCGCUGUGGUCAGCUUUGUCACGCCGGAAUGGAUUGGAGAUGCUUUGGACUCGAAUGGAGACAGCCGCGGAAAGCUAGGACUAUGGUCAGUCUGCUACUCCACGGACAACGGUGAGGAAUGCACUGGAAGACUGGACGACUUCAUGAGCAUCCCUACCAACGCAUUCCAAGCUGCCACUGCCUUUGUAGGGCUUUCCUGCGUGGUUGCCCUGCUGACCAUUUGUACAAUGCUCUUGUUCUUCUUUUGCCAUUCAACUACUGUCUACCAUGUAUCCGCCUGGUUACAGCUCAUUUCUGCUGCCUGUAUGAUCGCAGGAUGUUCAGUCUUCCCAGCAGGAUGGGCGGACGAAUCAGCUCGUAAGAUUUGUGGUCCCGCAUCAGACAAGUACUCUCUCGGAUCUUGCAGGAUCCGGUGGGCAUACCUCCUCGCUGCCAUAGGAUGUUUGGAUGCUGUUAUACUGUCCACUUUGGCUUUUAUUUUGGCCACCAGACAUAUCAGGUUACAGGCAGAUCCACAUUACUCAACAGCUCCCAGUAUAUUUAAAGGUGAAAUGAACAGUGCUUUCAUGAACGACUCCGCAAGCGUGGCAGGUUCCAGGAAGUCGAUGAGCAUCCACCCAGUAUUGAUGGUGCAUCCAGGUCAAGAUGACACCUAUUCCCAGUUCUCCCAGAGGACCGUACCGAGGUCCGUCCAUUCAGGGCACUACGCUCACCCGCACUCGUUGCAUAGGAAUUUCCAGUUGUAAUUUUAACUCCCUUGUGUACCUAUUUUUAUUUAAAAUGUGUUGUGUGUUUUAUAUAUCUUAUCUUUUUUAAUAAAUUUUAUAAAUGAAAUUUGAGGUUUGAUGGGAUUGUUAUGUUAAGUGAGGUAGAGGUAUGUUAACCAUCAAUAAGACCAUAAAGAUAUACAGGGUAUUACGU